UCUAAUUUGAUGAAGAGUCGAGGGUUCGUAGCAUGGCGUUACGAGGUUGCAUCGGCUUGGUGGGGUUAGCGAGCGGCGCAUGCGCAAUGGGGAACGGGUGCCCAGCUGUGCACAAACGUGAAAUGCGGCGCGGCUGGCGGUGGUGGCUGCUAGGAAAGCAAGCGAGCGAACAAGCGAGCAAGCGAGCAAGCAAGCAGGCCGAGACUGCCCUCCUGUCUCCCCCACCCCAAGCAUGCCUCGCAGAGCCCAUGGCCUCCGUAUACACGGAGGAGAGUGAGGCAGCCCCAGCCGCUCCUCACGUCAUCCGCUGAGAGAGAGACGACGGGUCUCGACACGGCGAGGAGCAAUAAUUCUAACGAGCCAAGAUGGCGGCGGACACGGUGGCCCUGUCCGCGCUCACGCUCGCCAGGGGCGACAAGAUCCUCGUGACCGUCGAGUCCGCGCUACCGGACAUCAUCGUCGUGUCCUUCGUUCACGGUGCCAAGUGCUUCCAGGGCGCCUUGCUCGACGCCACCAAGAGAGGCCUACCGUGUGGCGUGCAACCCCCGGAACCUGUACCGGACCCGGAUGGCGACAAAUUGGCGACGAUAGCGGCACGAUUCAGCUACUUUCAAGAGAGAAAGAACUCGCUGACUACCGCAAAAGUCGAUCUUCGUAGGAACAUCAAUCCACCGGCCAGGUACAAGAAUGCACGACCAACGGUCAGGCUCAGGCCACGCCAGGUGCUCUGUAGCAAGUGUAGAUCGAUCUGCAACGAGAACAGCGAGAACGUGGACGUCAGCAGAAAACGGAAGCACGACGAGAUUCAGCAGGAACAGCAGCAGCCGCAGCAACAGCAGGUCACGGGCCAUGGAUCCACUCGAAGAAGCGAUCGACGUUGUGGUCAGCAGCCGCAAAAAGCCUCGAGAAUACUGUUCUCUGAGUGUCAGUCCGAGAACAUCACGGUGUCAUCUCAUCAAACAGCGAAGUCCUCGUCGUCUACAGCACUCAGCCCCGAUUCGUCGAAGCUUGGACCGUCUCUCAUCCCAAAAAUUUCGAGACUUCAACCAAACGAAAUCAACAAUGCCAUGCAAGCGAAUGAAAAGGUGAAGAUUGGCCCAUCGUACUGGAACAAUCGAGCCGAGGAGGGCGACUCAUCGGCGAACGCGAUGGAGCCAACAGAGGAACGCAUGGAAUCAACGGAUUGUGAUAGCAAUCCAUCAAUGGCGUAUUGUGCCACACCCAGAAGACUUAGCAGCUCCUCCGUGGAAAGUGCAAAAAUACCAGAAGAAGAGGAGAAAAAAACGUUCGCGGCCGCGGACUCGACAAUGAGGCCAAGAACGGGGCGCGUGCCGCGAAAGAAGCGAUCCGUCGGAUCUAUGGAGGAUUUAUGGGACGAGACAGUGUUCGAAGAUCCGACGAGGACAGCCAGAACCACACCGGUGAUUAAGAUCUCUUUCGGUGCUCAGGGUGAAGGGACUGUCUUGAAAAUACCCUCCAAGAUUCAGGAUCCGGAGUACGAGCAGGAAACUGACGAAGCUGAGGAGGUGCAGACAGAAACGGAGAGAGAUCCGUUGGAAUUGCCCAGGAAUUUUGACAACGAUUAUGAUUAUCGUGAGGAUGGAGAGGAGGAUGGACAGGAGCAGGUAGACCCUCAGAAACAGGGUGUGAAGGAUGCCAGUGCUAAGGCUGCGAAACGUGCACUGAAGAAGGCUAAAAAAGAGGCCAGGAGGAAAAUGCUCGGUGGAGUUUCGCCUGCGAGAUCUCCUUGCAAUGGAUCUCCACGUUACAAUCCCACGUACGACACAUUAUCGUAUCACCGUCGCAAGCAUAAAGUGAAGCAUAAAAAGAAGCACAAGGAAGAUCGUAAACACAAGAGCCAACAGUCGCAGCAUCAGCAGUCUUGUUUGGAAUCCGGAAGUACCGAGAAUCAGCAGAAUUGGAACGUCCUUCCGGGCAGCGAAUCGUACACAGCCAUAAAGGAGCAGUGCCUGAAGCAAAAACUAUCCAUAUCUCUGAAGAGAUUGAAUACAAACGCUUACGCUAGAUGUGAUUAUCCUGUGAGUAACUCUUCGUUGGGUUGCAAAAGUCCUGGUGCAAGCAGUGAUGAACUAAGUGAACAGGAACCUGAAGUCGACGCCGGCGAAACUGCUCCGGACUUUCCACCGCAAUCUCAUCCUUUGAUGAUGCGUCUUGCCGCGACGCCUGUCGAACAUUGCCUCACUGCUAACGGUAGAAGAAUGGACGUUGGUGACGUGGUGUGGGGAAAGAUUCAUGGAUUUCCUUGGUGGCCUGGAAAAGUUCUCAGCAUCACAGUUUCUUGUAAAGAGGAUGGUACGUCGUCCGGACCGCAAGCUCACGUAGCCUGGUACGGUUCUUCGACAAGUUCUCUAAUGUCGUGCGACCAGUUGAGUCCAUUUUUAGAAACAUUCAAGACGCGGUACAACAAGAAGAAACGAGGUCCGUAUAAGGAGGCGAUACGACAGGCACAGAAUGAAGCCCGAAGUCAAAUCACGCCUAACUCGACGAGUAGCGUUUUAAACGUGUGUAGCUCACCGCGUGAGGUCAACGUUCUCUCCUAAGGGAAGGUGCACGGCGCUCGACACCAUUCCUUUAACUGCCGGGUAUCCGUCGUCGGAGAUUCAUUCUAACGGCGGAUCAAAAUCGUCAUGUAAUAUAUAAAGCAAAUUUUUGUACAUAAUUGACUUUAGCAUUAAUGAAAUAGCUCUUGAUCGAUGUUUUAAUUCAGUUGAGUCGCGCCUGUUGUCGUCGUCCACGUUAAAUAUGGUUAAACUAACGGCGACACCAACGCUGAAUGAAGUUUACUGCCACCACUGGCUCGUUUUUUUAUCCUCAGCUUUUUUCGAGCGAACAUUUAGCGUGUAAAAAGUAUUUAGGUAGGCUAUAAUCUCUAGAGAUGACACGUCAGCUCUCGAGGAAUAAUUUCAAUAAAGAAAUAUGUCUAUGACUUCACUUUGAUAGUUAGACACAGACAACACACAUAUACGUUAAAAUCACACGGGUGUCGUCACUGUACAUUAAACGUCUCAUUGACUACUAAAUCAUUAUUUAACGAUGCUCGUUUACUUGAAUUCUUUAUGUAAAUGCAUAUACAAACAUAUAUAUACAUACAUAUAUAUACACACUCGUAUAUAUCUGUAUUAAUAAUUUUAUUGUGAUCAUUGUGUCAAGAACAAGUGUGUAGUAUAUAUCCAGUGCGGGCAGUGAAUCUUCGAUACAACCCGUAGACGUUUCCGAAAUCGUUUAUGACUCUAUUCGUCGCUUCUUUAUAAUUAAAAUAUUGAGAAUAUGGACAAUACAUUUUCGACAAAUCGCAAAUUUAUUCAUGACACUUUAAUUACUGUUUCGCGUUAAGAAUCGCUGAAUGUUUAAAAAGCUUUAACCGAGAAUUCUAUAACGUUUAAUCUCGUAAUACGGUGUAUAUUUUACGUGCUAAGAGAGUAAUGGACAACCGAAAUUUUUUGUAGCGCUGCAUUCCUUGCAUUCUUUAUUAUCUAAAAUCAACUUUCCUUGAAAGUUUCGUUUACGCUUCAUACUAACACUGCCAAGGAUUGACAUUUGUUUCAGUCUUCUUUCGUCGACGAUAAUCCUUGACGAGUCGACGGUUACGAAUUCCAAAUGUCCAAUGCUUCACAAAUCGUCGAUUAUCCAAAUCUCCACUUAUAUCAAUAUUUACAGUAUCCAAUUUUAUCUUGGUGAUAAAAAAUGAUAAAAACGUGUCUCAGUCUGUUACAAACAUUCUCUUCUUUCUCUCAAAUUUCUUCCAUCCUUCUCAUCUCUCAAACUCGAUGUUUCAUUAUUACAAUAUUCGGUUAUUUUACAUUCAUCGAGCUAUUUUUUCCAGAAACGCUUUACCGUGUAUUCGUAAAUUUUCGUGAUUAAUUUCUGGACAAAUCCAUGUUCUAUAUUCAAAUUCUAUAUUUUCUACUUUACAAGUCGUCAUAUUUGGGGCCGGCGUGACCUUUCACGGAGCCUGAAUAUACAUUCAAAUCCUACACUUAAAUUUUACAACGAAGAAUUAUUUAUUUACAAAUGCUGUUACAUAUUAUAUAUUUUUUAUAAGUAGUUUUUUAAACAAAUCCAAGUAAUAUUUGUUCGCAUCUGUAAUUCGCUUUCAAGUGGCAAAAGUUCAAUGAAAGUACAAAAUCUGUAAUCAUGUACGACUUUUGCAAAAAACUGUUGAUGUAGUUUAAUUUCUCUAAAAACGGGAAAUUUCUCAUUUCUCUGAAAGCGCCUGGACUUUUUUUUUAUCUAACAUAGUUUCCAGGAUAUGAGAUCUUUAUGGAGUUAGACUAAACUUUGACGAUUUUUGUCACUCCUUUAAACUGAAUCAUCGCUACUAAAAAAAAUGUCUUGCAUUUUUUAAUGGUAUUAUCAUUCUGUAAAAAGUUAAUCAAAAUCGGUAUUUUUUAAUUGGGUAAUUUUGGGGCCGGGUUCCUGCGAACGUGCUGAACCUGCCUUGCGCUGGCCCUGAUCAUAUUCCUAUGUCUGAACGAACAGAAGUGCAAAUGAGAAUGAAGGGAAAAUUCGAUCGACUUCGUUCUAAAAUAUUUCCCUGGGGUAUACGCGUGAUUUGAGUAGCAGGGAAUAAAAUAAGAGAGACGAGAGGAUCGUCACGCGACGAACACGUCAAUAUCACGAUAUCGAAUCUUUAUUUCGAUAUCAGCAGUCACGUGCGAGUCAGUUGGAUGUUUGCUCUGUGCUUUAAGAGAGAUCUUCAUCAAACCUCCAGACCGUCGUUGGACAGACGUUCUCAUCUCCACCUCUUCUUUCUUUUUAUUUUCUUUUUAUUUUCGUUCGAACUUCCAUAUCUUUUUGGUCGUCGUUCGAUCUUCGAACAAAAAUGAUCUUCAAGCUCGAUCCUUUCGAUAACUGCCUGAUGAAUCCACAAUCUUUUCUUUUUCGUCGAAUCUAAAUACCCUCCUUUCACUUAUAGCAAGUCCCAUAACUAUUCAAAGACAUUGUUUCAGGAGAAACGAACUUUCUCCGUAUCUUCGCGUUCGUCUUCUGACUUUUUCUCAUAAAUCCUCGAUUCUCGUCGCCGAUAUGAAGACAUUUGUAUAAAUAUCGCGUUUUAUCUCGUUUUAUAGGAAAAAUUCACGAAAUGAAUUCGAUGAAAUAUUCAGUGAAAGUAUGGAUCGUAAUUUCCGGCGCUUUGUAAAAGCAACAUAAUGCGCUUGGAAAAAUUUGUACGAAGAAAAAGGUACUGUAAGAGGAAGAUAAUAAUUAAAAAAGAGAAUUUAUACAAUUCGUUUCAGUGGAUAACAUUGAACGUAGAGAUAGAUUUUUGUUGGUCGAUAAGCUUCUGAUACGAUCGUAGCUCGCCAGUAGACGAUUAAUGAUUGUUUGAUUUCUUGAUAAUCACCGACCAAUUCUUCCGCAGAAAGCGAAAUAUAAUUCGAGAUUCGAGUUGAAUUGGCCUGGCGAUAGUCGGUAUAACGAUAAAUUGAUAAUAAUAUGAAUUUUUAUAUUGUUAUUUUUUAAGCGGAAGGGCGCUAGUUAGGAGCCCUUCUUUUAAAUUAUUGUUUAAAAUUUUUAUAUUUUCGUACGUAGCGUAUCAAAUAUUUUUUAUGCUAAAUCUCCUUAUGUAGCAAAGUAUCCAACGCUGUUACGUUACAUUUUCUCCUCGUGUCCGGUCGUAGCGCGUAAACAAUAUCUUUUAAAAAGAAUAAAUUGAUCGAUUGGAAAAGUGAUUGGAUUGUAACAUAUGAGACAUUUGUUGGCUACUUGGUUUCCUUAAAUCAUUUUGUCAAACAAAGUGUUUGAGUGGAACAAUUAUUUAUGAAUAAUUACAAUGCUUCGUGUUCUAUUUACGAAAGACUUGUUUAUGAAGUGUUCAUGGAAGACUAACGCAAGAUAGAUAGUCUUCGAUUAGACGAAUUUUUCUCGAAACGUAUAUACGUUGUCAGUAGGAAAGUUAGUUUCCUUAAAAAAGGUCGUUCAAACGAGGGAAGGAAGGAAAGACUAAAGUAGGAUCGCUUGAUUUUAUUUCCAAAAGCGUUGUCAAAUAUUUCAUCGUUUAGUUGAACUUCAAACUAUCUAUUUUUCGCACGUUGUUGAUUUUUGUAUUGGUUAUAAAUUCCACGCAUCGAUGAAUCGAAUGUUACUAUUUACUAUUCCAUUUCUGGUACAAUAUCGUUCCUUAGCGAGUUAAUACAAGUGGAAAGAUACAAGUAACGAGUUAAUUCCACUCUAAUAUUUUCCCUAUAGCUUCACAUCUAAUGCUCGAAUAAUUAUCACUCUCCUAAUAUUCCCAUAAAUAAACAAUUCAUAUGUUACAACCCAAUUGAGAAAACAAAUUAGAUAAUAGAAAAGAAAAAGAGAUACGAUAAUUUUCCAUUACGAGCAUCGACUAAUUUCGCAAUCGCCGAUAUAUGUAUAACACAGGUGAGGAAUAUUUAAGUCAAAUAACGUCCAGGAAGAAGAUAUUGACUUUAAACCCUCUACAACUGGAUUUAUGCUCGAUCUAUCCGGCUAAUUACAGAUUUGUAUUCGAAUAACGUCGAGAAGAGAAAUUAUCGAUUUCUUUUGAAACUUUUAUGUAUAUUCAUCGAGCGACACAAAAAUUAAAACAUUGAUAUGUUUCGUUUUGUAAAGCAGAAGGAAAAGAAAGAUAAAGUAAAUAAGAGCCGUAAAAAAAUAACCUGUUAUUACGGAGGGUUAAUUUAGAUCUUUUCUAUCGAUAGAAACAGCAAAGGACUAAGGCAAGGAAGAAAUAUUAGACGUACGUGAAUAAUACAUUCGUGAAAAUUAGCCGUUAAAACGUUGAUCGUGCUUGUUAACGAGGUUUAAAGAGGUACUUGCGUGCACGGAUGAGAAAGAGAAAGAGAAUGAGAAUGAUCGAAGAGUAACGAACGUUCGGCCGGAUAAAAGCUAAAUAGAUAAGUAAUAGGCGAGUGUAAAAUAUGUAUGAAUGUGUUUAAGCGCGAAUGAAUGACAGGGAAAGGGAUAACAAAGCGAGAAGCCAAGAUGUUUUUAAGUAACUGUGAUUUUUCAGAUGUAUAUUAUACAUAAAUAAUGACGAAUUAAUUUCUACGUGUAUUAUAAUGCAAAACGACGAAUGGUAAAUGCGAUGAUGUAUCGAUGUGUCGCUUGUGUCCGUACGAACGUUGUAGAACAUUAUUUCGACUAACACAUAUCGGGUAGAGAAGCGUGUUUGGCGGCGAAAUAAAUUGCCGCUAUUAAUUAAUCGUCAUCGAUUCAUCGUUAUUCGAUUCGUAAUUAAUUAAUCGAGCAUUAUCAUUACGAAUAUAGGUAUGCGCGAGUCGUGGUACGUUGCCUAAAAAAAAAUCUUUACGUAUAUACAAUACUUAUACAUACACUGGACACGUUCACACUUACAUAGAGUUCGAUUGUUAAUUGCUUGCAUAAUUGUAUAAGAGAGCCACGUGUCAUCUAUGUAAUAUCAUUGUAUUCAGUAAUACACACGUAUACACACGUACACGCAGACACGAGUACACACACCGUAGAUUUAUUCUAUACUUUUCGUCGCCUCCCGUCGAAAGAAUCGCUGUUCGCUAUUUUGCGAAUUCCUCUACUUUACUUCUUCUUUCCUCCCUUCUUUUCCUCUUCUUUUUAUUUCUCCUCCUCCUCCUUUUUUUUUUUCUUGCAAUCAACCCUUCACGAACUGUUCCUAAAGAAAACGCCACUGUACCACGCUGAACCUAUCGUUGAGCAGAAAAUAAACUGCGUAUAUAAGUACGCGUGCAAAGCGAAAACGCAUCGUCUUUCGAUUCUCGACGAUGCUUUCCCUCUCGAUUUCUGAGCUAAGCGAUUAGCUCUGGAUUAGGUACUUAAAUAAUCGACAAUAGGAGAUAAUGUUAUCGUCGUUCAAUCCUCGGAGCGCAAAAAUAAAGUCUCUAUCUAUUUAUUUUUAUCGUUAAUCGUUUGUAAUGGGAAAACAGUGUCUCGUGGAUUUUCUUUUAAGCUAAUACACAGAGCCUUCGGAGUAAUCGUGUGAGGCUCGAUCGUAUACUCAUGCGUCUAUAUAUUCCUUAAAUUUCACUUUGUUUCUUUAUCACUAUGCUGUUAUGCUCUGUUACGAGAAUCGCAUUCACGAAGAAUGCGCAUAAUAUUAGCGGAAGAAGUAACUUUCUAAUUAGGCUUCAUCCCUUUAAUUGUGUUUAAAAAAGAAACACACACAUCUAGCGAUAGAUAAAGUAAAAAUCAGGUAAACUAGCUAAUUGCAUUACUAACACCUUCAAGUAGCUAAGAACCUGGUAUAUGUACAUUCUAAAACUCACGAAGAAGCUAUUUUCUAAAUUAAAAUAUUCUCAAAGAUCUUUCAUAGGAUUUAUAAUUGUAGAAAAAAUAAAAAAAAAGAAGGAAUCUCUAUUUAGAAUUUCGUCCUCGGAAGAAUGUGAAAGGCGUACAGUUUCAAGAAUUUCUAAAGCUCCAAGGGUUGGACGUCGAGUAAGGGACGUGUACUAAUUGUCGCUAUUGUUUUAAAUAGCGGCAGCUUGAUUUGCAUAUAGCCUAGUUGACCGCACAGCGAAUCGAUCCCGGUCCUACGUUUUCCUCGCGAUUUUCCGCUGCUCGACGUAGGUGCGGCCCUAUCCUGAGAAAAACAAGUGUUCAUUUUUCGACGAAAAUCCACUAUGUGGAGAACGAACCGCGUACGCGCAUGCGUGCAAGCGUAUGUUUUAAAAGCGCGCGCGCAGAGGCGAAUGAUGAAUUUUCGGGGGCUCCCCGAAAAGAGGACGAAAAAGAAAAAAAGAAAAGAAAUAAGUAUGUUUCUAAACGAUAUUACACGAUUAGUCGAGGGAAAUAGAUCCGUAUAAGUACAAAUAAACGAGCCUGAAUGAAUGUUUCGAUAGAGGGCAACCCUGUUUUCCUUUUUAUAACGAAAAAUACGAGGAACCAUUUAUAAAUAGUUUUUUUGAAUAAAACGCGGUUAAUAUAAAUAAAUAUUCUAACAAUGAUUAAAAGUCUUUUUAUGCUAUUUCGUUGCUGUAGCGAUGUAGAAGCGAGAUUUUUUAUCAUACGAUUUAUUUUUGUCGAUAAACUAAUAGUAUAAUUGUUAAGACAGAAUGGAAAGGAGUCGAAUUUUCUCUAUACGAUAUAUGUAUAUUUAGAAGAAAGAUCAAAGUUGAGCUUCAGGUGGCAAUUGUGUUCAAAAUGUCAGAUUUAAGUGGAAUUCUUUGUCAUAGCUUGUAUCUUGAUAGUAAGUGUGUAGUAUGCAUAUGAGGAAAGAGGUAUAACAUGCGGAAAGGCUAAUUGUAAGUUUCUUUCGAGAUCAUUUUUCGAGAUAGUGGAUAUAUUCGUUGAAACAACACCAUGUAAUAAUCCACGAAAAUCAAAUUUUCACGCCAUAUUCUCGUUUGCGUCGUAGGGAUUUUGGUGCAAUAAGUAAAAAGAUGAGAAUAAAUGAAAAGAAAAGAAUCCUCUAUUUACUGUAUUUUUAAAUCGGCACGAUUACGUUUCCUUAAGUGUUCCGUCGUAAAUAAAAUUGGGUGAGAUAUUCUGAAUUCUAUUCUUAAUAUAUAAAUCGGAUACACGAAGAUGGACUAUUAAUAAAAAUUUCACCGUA